AAACAUAGCCAAACUGUUCGUGUGUUGCUGACACAAAUGCAAAUCAUGCGGUUGUCGUCGUUCUUCACAUUGCUGUCAGUUCUCCAACUUCACGUUAUCCACGGCUUCACUAACCUGGCUGAUGUGGAUUGCGGUCUAUCCAGCAUCAAAGGACGCAAGGCGAAAAUAGUCAAUGGCGACGAAACAUUUGAAGGCGAAUUUCCUUGGAUGGUGUCGCUAGUUGGUUUGCGUGGAGAGCUCAUUUGCGGUGGGGUCCUCAUUCACAAUAAAUGGGUCCUGACAGCUGCUCAUUGUAUUAGGCAAGACCAUCUUCUGUUCCCUUUUGAUUUAAACUGA